AUGUCGAGCCUCGUGCCGUCCGCCUCGCUACUCAAGGUGCGCGAGCUGCUCGGCAGCGACCCGACAGGCGGCCAGUCUGCCACCGGAGGCUGGGACCAGGCGUGGAAGGCCAACGCGACCCCGUGGGACGCCGGCGACGUGCAGCCUGCAUUCCGUGAGCUCCUCGAUGAGCGCUGGGCACACGUCGGCGUCCCGCUCGACAGCCUCAAGGACGGCAAGGCGCUCGUCGCCGGCUGCGGCAGGGGCUGUGACGCCGCCUUCAUCGCCGCGCACGGCAUCGACACGCUCGGCAUCGACCUGAGCCCGACCGCCGUCCAGGUCGCGCGCGACCACCUCGCCGCGCAGGCCAACGCGCCGCAGAACAUCACCUUCGAAGCCGCCGACUUCUUCUCGUUCCCGCUCCCCUCGGGCCAACCCUUCUCGUUCGCGUUCGACUACACGUUCUUCUGCGCCAUCCCGCCUUCCUUGCGCGCCAAGUGGGGCGAGCGGUACGCCGAGGUGGUGCGCCCGGGAGGACUGCUCGUCGCGCUUGCGUUCCCGCUCGAUGGCGACAGGGAAGGCGGCCCGCCCUACUCGGUCUCGGAGGAGGCGUACGACGCCGCUCUCGGCCACUCGUUCGAGAAGAUCUACUCGCGCCACCCGGACAAGAUGGCCAAAGAGCGGGCGCACGGUCGGGACAAGGUGCUCGUGUACCGCCGCAAGUAGCGCGGGCUGCCCCGGUGUGCAAGAGACAUCGUGCUUGCGAGCUUC